ACUGCUGUUUAUGUCGGACGGACUCCUAAUCGCAGCCACAGCAGCAGCAGCAGCAGCAGUUAACAACUGCUGCGUAUACACAUCUAAUCUAUCAAUAUUUGUUACUAUUACGGAACGAUCAAACCUGACCGCCGUCCGUUUUUUAAUCGUCGGGAACUGAUCGUUAUGCGCGAGCCGCCAUUAGAGUCCGGCUCAUUGUGCUUGUGUUAGAUGAGCUAAGAGAAUAGAUUCUCGCUGUGUUUGUGAAUAUUUGCACCUUUCUGCUAUUGAAUACACCUGUGCAUUAUCGCACUCGAUGGAAAGGUUCACCUAACGUAAAGGCAGAACUGCGGAAGCUUAUCAAAGGAGAAAUGACGAUUUCUCAGCUUGGUUCCGCCUUGCAGUGAGUAGGUGGAUUCAUUUUUACACGCGCGCACGCCUUAGUCGUCUCCGGAAGUCCGCAGAAAUCUGAUGUUGCUGGUGGUCUUUCUGUAAAGCCGCUAAUCCAGAUUCUCUUCGAUGGCUGUUCACAAGCUGAGAUCAAGGUCUGGCGCGCAACAAAGCGCUUUCUGUGUUUUCCUCCUGGUAGCACUCUGCGGGAGGAUCGCCGAUGCACAAGUAUGUACAGAAUUCGUGCAAGAAAUAAUUGCAAAGAACGACUCACUGAUUCCCCGGCCUGAUAAACCACCAACCGUUUAUCUUGAACUAAAACUUCAAGACUGUUAUCUGGAAUCGGCUCUCGAGGAGCUUGACGCAAAACAAAAUACGACGAUCGCUUAUAUAAACUUGAGUAUGAAAAAUGUGACGUUAUCCGCAAAUCUAAUAUGGAAACGUGUGAUCCCCUUUACAGUUAAUGGAACGUUGCAUUUAAAUGGGUGUCAAUUUGAGGAUGAAGCGGUUUUUAAAUCGUGGGACAUUUCCACAGUCAACGAGCUCGUCAUCAGCGGUAGUGGUUUACGCCGAUUUCCUCAGUUCUACGUUAGCCGAAAUUGCGCUAUCAGGAAAGUCAACCUGAGUCACAAUGCUAUAGAAAACGUACCUGAAAAAGCCUUCAACUCACUUUUCUUAAACUGCAACAUUCUCUCCGAUAUCGACGUCACCUACAAUGCCUUAAGACGCUUCCCACGAGUUGAUCCUAGCCAGAAGUUGGGCAAAUGUCGCUUGUAUCUGGAGUUUAAUCCGCUGUCGUGCAACGAAAAUGAUCAUCUUGUUAUGCAACAGCGGACCCGUGAGAUGCUUGUACAUACGCCACAUUGUGAAGCCAAUGGGACCCUUGUUCAGUUCUGGUUUCACAACAUCAAGUUGUGCGAUGUCUGUUCCUGCUCAAUCCACUUCGAUGUAGAUGUGGAUUGUUCCCGACGAAACCUUCGAGAGCUGCCGGGCGAAUUACCGCGUGAAACAACGCACCUUAACGUUAGCGGUAACUCGAUCACCUCCUUGCGAACAGGAGAUGGCGCUGGAAGUUACAAGAGCCUGAAGUACCUCGACGCUUCCUGGAAUUUUAUUGACCAAGUCGAUGACUACGACCCGCAUAUUUGUAGCUUGGUCCUUCUAGACCUUUCCCAUAACAGAUUGCGGAACCUUCCAAAGGUACUUGUCAAAGAGCUGACCGACAUUUUGAAUUGUCGUCCUUUGUUGACAAUAGGGAAAAUCAUGCUCGGUCAUAACCCAUGGUCAUGUGACUGCGAACUCUUACAUUUCAAAAGGUUUAUCGGCGUUAAAGGCCAGGAUAUCGAUGACUUUUCGAUGGUGCGCUGCCAGGUGAACGGCGAGCCCGUCUGGAGCGUUCAAGAGCAACAACUUUGUCCACCGCCGCUGUAUGUCUUCAACCCGUGGGAUGUAGCCAUCUGCGUGAUGAUUUUUUUAAUAACGGGUAUCAUCUUGAAGACAGUAGCGGACCAUUAUCGUCAAAAGCAGACUGGGAAGCUGCCGAAAUUUUUCAAGUUUUAAAAGCGUUGUCUGUUGUCUUCUACCAGAUAUGUCAGACUUCAACGUGUACAAUAUAGAACUGGCGCUACGCCAGAAACCAGGCAGGUCUGACAGAACUGAAUACGGGUGAGAUGUGGCCUAUUAGUACUAACACACUUUAUUUCCCAAUAAGGGCGUGACAAAUAUAGAGAAUUAGACAAAUUAGAGAAUAAUGGCGAGCGUUACUGUUCCCAUGCCGAGCAAAUACAUUGUUGACUACUGCGGGUCUUGUGGUAGCUUUUGCUUGAAUAUUCUCAGCGCUACGGGUACUUUACGUCACGCAUUCGGCUAUUAUAAUGGUAAACAACUUUCCAUAUCAACUUGUUUUACAUCUGUAAAAGUUAUGCUUUUAUUUCUUGUUAAAUCUAUGUUUCAUAUGGCAAUAUAUAUGUCCGCACGAGCAAGAACGCGUUGUUUGGCCGUUGGUAUGUACGGUUGGAAAUCUUAUUUAGUUAGCUUUUUCUACAAUGUCGCUUACGUGGGCAGUACAUUUUAAAGUAGUGGUUGCGACAUCGCUCAAAUGUAAAAAACAAUAGGUCCUAUUAUAGGUUGUCCAAGACGUGUAUAUUCACUGGGCUCGUAAAGAUUAUCGUAGUUCUAGAAUAUGACAAAAUCAAAAAAAAACGCUAGCCACCGAAGGGUGUUAUUUCAGCCGCAGAAGUUUAAUCUCCCUUGGAGUUUUGUCUUCGAUGGUUUUACGAGCUUCUAAAUUUUUUCUCUUUUAAUAACGUUACAUAUAUUUAUGUCUAUUUUUACGUCUACGAUUUACGAAAAUCCCAGGAAAGAUUGCUCCGGUAGGGUCUUCUAGAUGUGCCAAUUUUAACAUGCCAAAAUAGAGGCUCUACCAGUGUCCAGCGGUUCCCGUUAAAAUAAAUUUCAGGUAAAUACUAAAUAUAACACUAGAGAUUAAGGCUUAAAGAGCUCAAUUGUUUCUGCAGUACAAUAGGUUUCCUAAUAUUUCUUUGAGCAAUUCAGUUAAAUGUAAGGUCAUGUAAGACUAAAACAGAAGCAAUUGUACCGGGAACAAACAAGGGGAACUUAAUUCAGUAUAUAGAUUAGUAUUACUGUUUUAUACUACCAACCAAAGAUGUUAGUUUUACAAAUAUGGGUUUCAUAUAAUAAUAAUAAUAGUCUUUUAGGACUAGGUCAAGAAAGCCGAUUCUUUUUCAGAGUAUACCAAAGACAUCAGCGUGUACCAUCUAAAACGACAGAGAACAAUACAAAGAUAAUCCGAGAUCAACUAAAUGGUUAGCAUAGAAUGCACCCAGCUACUAAAAAAAGCUACCACAUUUUUUGUAGGGUUAGCUUACAGAAGGCAGGUUACAGCUUAACUUCUCAACUUUAUUUAGAUAUAAAUUCACAAUUAUUCUACUACCAUCUAAAAACUACUUUCGGCUUGUAUGAGAGCCAUGAUACUCUAUUACCAGUACAAUCUCGAGACUCGUCAUACAAAGCUCAAGUUCUUUUUCUGUUUUGAAUUAUCGUUGUAUACUGGUUAUCGCCGAAAUAUUUGUAUUACUUAUUGGAUGAUGCAUAGAUUAGCGACUCUUUAAAUACUCAAAAAAAACCACGCGGUCGAAACUAUCUAGUCGAAAUAAGUAUUGUGAAAAUUGCUUCUUCGGAAAGAAGGAAGAAAGACGAGAAGAACCUUACACAGUUUGCAAGACUACUUCAGCCAAACAUCCGAUCUAGCUCAGAGAAACUGUUUCCUUGUUUCUGAUCCAGCUUUAAUGUUUAGCAUUAUCUAGAAUACUC